AUGUCCUCCCGCCCAGUCAUCGAGUACUACUUCUCCUUUAUCUCGCUAUGGUCCUACAUUGGCAGCCGGCGCUUCCAGCGGCUCACCCAAGAAACGAACGCCAAAGUCAUCCUCAAACCCAUUGACCUCAUGUACAUAUUCUCCAUCUCUGGUGGCCUACCAGUGAAGCAGCGCUCGACGCAGCGCCAGGCCUAUAGACUCAUCGAGAUGGAGCGCUGGCGCCGCAUCCGCAACAUACCCAUUGUUCAACAUCCCAAGUACUACCCCGCCGACCCAUCACUGGCGCAUCGUGUCCUCCUCGCCGCUAUUGAAGAGUCGGGACACGAUGAUGCGUCUGUGCAGGAAUAUGCGCGACUCGGGCUGGAAGCUGUGUGGGCGCGCGAGCUCAACAUUGCCGACCCGGAGACGAUAGUUAGUCUAGCUAAGGAGGCUGGACUUGAGGGAGGGCGGCUGCUGGAGAGAGCAAAAUCGGAGGCUUCUCUGGCUGAGCAGGAAGCUGCUUUGACCAAGGAGGCGGAGGCAAAGCAGUAUUUUGGGGCGCCGCUGUAUUCCCUACGGGGAGAGCCAUUCUGGGGGCAGGAUCGUAUCGAGAUGUUGGAGGACGUUAUCAAGAGUGGGAGGGGGCCUAUUAUUAUUAAAGAGACAGAAUAG